CAUUACCUUAAACAUUUUCUUCUGCUCUAGCUGAUAUGGGAGCUUGCUUAUAAGAUUGCUUAAAGGUAUAUGCUGGAGUGGACAUGUGACUUUAAGGCAGCUGGUUAACUUGUGAUAAUUUAGCUGAAGAUCUUACGAACCUUGAGGACUUGUAGCAUAUAUCUGUCUCAUUAAGCUGUUGCCUUAAACCUAUUCCUGCUAUCAAGAUUAUCAAGAUUAUGAAGAUCAUUAACUUUCGACGCGAGCUCUGCUUGUUCAUAACAUUCGUAUUAUGUACGCUGGUAACAUUCGUGUGGUUUGACCAGUACUAUAAGCGACCGGUUGUCCGGCCUUUCAACCAAAAAAUGCCUAUGACAAUUGCGAAAUAUGCCACGCAGUUGUCGAACCGCACGAAUGUUAUUCGGUUUAUGACCAAGCCAUCAAAUUAUGCGAAGCCGGUGCCUGAAGCACGAAGAACACCGAAUUGGAAGCGCAUACUGGAAAAGCCGAGUCUUACUCUUGGAUUCAGCUACAGCAAUGGCCGAAAGAAUGUGCAGUAUGUGAUGGGUGUGCCCACGGUGCAUCGAAAAGCCGAGAAGUAUCUGGAGCUAACGCUGACGAAGCUGAUCACCUACUUGACAGACUUUCAGCGUAGCAACUGCUUGAUCGUAAUCUACAUUGGCGAGUCGGAAGUGGCUCUUGUGCAGUCGAUUUGGCAAGAGAUAAGUGCUAAAUUUGGCCAGUAUUUAGAUGAUGGUCUGAUUGAUGUCAUCUCGCCGCCAGCUAAUUACUAUCCCGAUUUUAAGUCGCUCUCUGUCACGCUGCAUGACGAUCCGCUGCGUGUGCACUGGCGCACUAAACAGACUCUGGACUACAUGUACCUGAUGACCUAUGCCAGCAGUCGGGGCAGCUACUAUCUACAGCUGGAGGAUGAUCUUGAGCCGGCUGCGGGCUAUUUAAACUAUAUCAUUAUGAUGUCUGCAAUGCAAAGUAACUUUCGUUUGACGGCGGGUCGACCUUGGAUUGUUAUGAGUUUCAGCGAUUUGGGUUUUAUUGGCAAGAUGUUCCAGACGGCGGAGAUCAAGCCGUUUUUAUCGCAUGUGAAGAACUUCUACAACGAUCAGCCUAUUGACUGGCUGCUGCAGUCGUAUGUGAAGCUAAGAUGCUGCCGCUGGGAUAGCAUAAAUACGUCGGACUGCGAUGAAGAGUAUUCAUUGUACAAUAUACUUGCGCCACAAUCUCAGUUUCAGCACAUUGGCAUCAAGUCCUCGCUGCGUGACAAGGAGCAAAAGCUGCUGGACAAACAUUUCAAAAAGAAUUCUGGCCGCUUGCGCAUGGAUCAUUUGCGCCAGCCGUUCAAUUGCAUCAAUGCUCACAAGAGCAUGCUGCUACAGGACAGAAUGUAUUUAAAGGACGGCGAAACCUUCUUCUGGAUCUAUAUGCCGCAUAUGACUUCGUUGAUGCAAUACCUGAUUCAACACGAAUACGAUUCCGGCCAGAUUCGAAUUCGCAGCGGGGCUAACAAUACGGACAAGUUCACAGACCUGACUGUCGACAUAGUGGAUAAGAAUCGGGAGUUCAAUAGGAACAGUUCUGACACGGAACGUUGCGGUUUCAUCAUGAGUUACACGCAUCAGAUGGACCUGACGCCACCGUUUUUCCUGUUCUUCCUGAUGAAGGAAAACGAUGUGACCAAAAAUGAAACCUUUUGGUUUAGACGCUUCAAUUGGAGCAAAGCAGGAUCUGCUCUCACUGUGCAUUGGGGAGCCAACAUAUUAAUCUUGCUAAACAUUUUACUUUAAAGAUCAAAUCUAAAC